AUGGCUCAAACCCUCGGCUCUUCGCUAGAUGCGCAAGGGCUCGCAGACGAGCAGAGAGGCUUGUUGGAUCUCAUCGAUAAACUCCAGUUUGCGCAAUUAGACAAUGUCAAGCUUCCACAGAUUGUCGUCGUUGGCGACCAAUCCGCCGGCAAAAGCUCCGUCUUAGAAGCCCUCAGUGGCACGCCGUUCCCGCGAGAUGCCGGAGCGUGCACUCGUCAUGCCACUGAGAUUCGAUUGAGAAGAUCGAAAGAAACCAACCUCAAAGUGUCUAUUAUUCCAGACAAAAACCGUCCAUACAAUGAACAGGCUCGCCUGUUGCAGUUUGGAGGUGACGCUGGCAUCGAUACGCCGUUUGAUGCCAUGAUGAGAGAAGCAACCGAGCUGAUCGCCCCUCGAAAUAUACCGGGACGUUUUGCUGCUCGCGAUAUCCUCGUCGUAGAAAAGACAGGGCCGGAAAUGCCCAUGCUGAGUCUUGUCGACCUGCCCGGAUUGGUCCGUGUGGCCAACCGGGAUCAGUCCGAGGCCGAUAUUCAGACCAUCGAGAUCCUCUCUGAUCGAUAUAUGAAGAGCAGCCGAACAAUCAUCCUGGCUGUUAUUGGCGGAAACAACGAUUAUGUCCAGGCGCCAAUAUUGAAAAAAGCUCGUCAUUUCGACCCUACAGGCUCGCGAACCAUUGGCGUCUUGACAAAGCCUGACAUGACAGAAGGUAUCGGCCUCGAAGAUAAAUUCAUUGGGCUUGUAACAAACCAAGACCAAGAAAACAAUUUUAAGCUCGGAUGGUAUAUCCUGCUUAAUCCAGGCCCAGGAGAAUUCUGGUCGUCUCUCGAAGAAAGAUCACGUCGGGAAGCAGAUUUCUUCGCAAGAGGCAAAUGGGCAGCUCUGCCACCUGCAAUGUUGGGAAUAGAAGCCUUGAGACAGAAGCUCAGCUCUCAGUUACAACGACAUGUAGGAAAACAUGUGAAGACGCUUCGGAGACAGAUUCAACAAGCUCUUGAGCAGUGCGAGGCGGACCUGAAAGCCAUGGGUUCCGGAAAAGAGACCAUUGAAGAGAUGCGCUUCGAAAUGGGCGAGCUCUUCUCUGCAUCCAACAAUCUGGUUACUCCGGCUGUGAAUGGCAAUUAUAAGAAUCCCGUUGGAGAAUCCUUCUUCGCCCGACAAUCCCAUCCCAAAGGAACACCGGCGCAGAAGCUCCGAGCUCGCGUCCGCGAAGAAAGCGAAAAGUUUGCACGCCUUUUCCGCCAGCACAAUAGCAAGGUCAACUUUUCUUCUUCCAAUAGCUCUGGGACGAAUAAUCUGCCGGCAGCAGGUGUCGUCGGCGAUCAGUCCAAGAAGGAGUUUGCUCAGAGAGAAGUCGAGCCGCUCCUGCGACAGAUUCGUGGUAACGAGCUUCCCCUCGACUCUAACCCAAGAGCUCCGUAUAUACUUUUCCAGGACUUUUCUCGCCCCUGGCCCGUUCUGGCACAGGAGUACAAAGAUAACGUUGCUGUCAUCUGUAACGAAUUUCUCGCCGAUGUUAUUGACUACGUCUGGCCAUUGCGGAUGAGAGAGCCCCUGCGUUUCCAUUUCCUGGAGAACAAGAUGAAGGAGAUGAUGGAGCAAGCCGAGAAGGAGCUUAAGAGGCUGAUUGACGAUUUGGAGCUGGAAAUUCAGCCAUACGACCCUGAAUAUGAACAACGUCUCGUCAGAUGGCGCUCAGAGGCUUUGAAAGACGGUGGCACCUAUACCGAGGCGGAGGAAGUGCUCGAGAAGAUGCUCAUAUACUAUGACCUGACAGCACGGAUAUUCACCCGCAACACCAUCACCCAGGUUGUCGAAAGACACUUACUUAUGAGAUUGCUCGGACUGUUCAAUCCCAUCGAAAUUCUCCGCAUGCAAAAUGCUACUGUUGAGGCCAUCGCCGCUGAGAACAAAGAGGCUCGCGACAAGCGCGCGGCAUUAAAGGCGAGGAAGGUGGCUAUUGAAGAAGCACGGAGCAUAUGUGCCAGCCUGGCGAUGAGAAGCGAGCUACGCUCAUAUGAUGAUGACAUGGAUGAUGAGGUUGGGACAGAUGAUGAGGACCAGCGCCGGAACAGCUACAGUUCUAAGCGCUAUUCGACAUCCUUGUCGAAUGGAAAUGUGCAGCAGCCGCAAGUAACGCCAAGCUCGCCGAUUCGUCGAAAGAAGCGCGAAGAACGGUCUCGUUCAUCUAUCAGUGUAGAUACUACGCAGCGAGCGCCACCAGUCCCUCAACAGAGCCAUCCCGAUCUCCAGACAAAUGGAGUAGCUCACCAGGAGGUGUCUCCUCAGGAGUGGGAUGAAGCAUAUUACUCGACAGCGCAGUCAGCGCCUCACCAUGCGCCGCCGCCACCUCCUCCGCGCCCUCAAAAGGUGGGAUUUGAGGACCGCGAUGGGUACGAUUCGCAUCGGAAUAAAGACAGUUACAAAAAUCUUCCUCUGGCACUUACACCUACUGAUUGUCAAGGGCGUACGUAUAUCGUCACUGGAGCCAACAGUGGCAUCGGGUAUGAAUGUGUCAAGCAUCUUGCCCGCCUCGGCUCUUCACGAGUGAUUUUGGGAGUUCGAAGCAGAGAUAAGGGCGAGGUCGCGAAGAAAACUAUCGAGACGGAGACAGGGUGCGAUACCAGCAUUCUCCAGGUAUGGGAAAUCGAUCUCGGAAGCUAUGAGUCUGUUGCGGCGUUUGCAAAGAAAGCCGGCGAAGAGCUCCACCGGAUUGACGGCAUCGUGGAGAAUGCAGGCACCGCGGAGGGGUCUUGGGUUGUAAAGGAGGGAAAUGAAGCAAAUAUGACGGUGAAUAUAUUUUCGACAUUCUUGAUAGUUCUUUUGAUGCUGCCGCAUUUGCACAAGUCAGCCAGACAGUUUGGCAUUGUACCGCAGCUGGUCAUUAUCGGUAGUGGGCUCGCCUUUCAAGCAAAGCCAAUAUGGGAAAAGUUGGACAUUGGCAAUAUUUUCGGAGAUUUGAGAGACCGUCAGAAGUGGGCGCCCAAGUUGAGUAACACGGGCUAUCCUCUGUCCAAGCUACUUCUCACCUUUGCGUAUUUCGAAUUCGCACGGCGAGUGCCAUUUUCUCGUACCGGCGUGACAAUUACCAUGGUAAAUCCAGGUGCCUGCAAGACCAACCUUCCACGUCAUCUCAAUUCCAGCGUCCGGCUUCAAAUUGGCGCCGUUCUGUCGCUAAUAGGCCGAAACGCUGAAAUGGGCAGCCGGACGUUGCUUCAUGGCCUCACGGUCGGUGAGGAAGCCCACGGCAGAUACCUCUCAGAGUGUGAGAUUAGCGAGUGA